AUGGUAAGCGUCCUUCUAUCCGUGAAGAUGGUUGUGUCGUCACCGUGUGUCGCAAAAGGUAUCGGUCCACCUGUUCCGGUCUCUGUCAAGAUACUGCGGGAGGUGCAAUAUAUGGUCGAGUUUGGGUUGGGGGAGCACAAUAAGGCGCUCUCGAGGGUUCACCAAUUGAAGCUAGUAAGCAUUGACGGUGGUGCUUAUUACAGUGCAGAUCCUGAGAUGGAUUUUGUCAGUUUCGAUAUUACUGCAUCCAACCGCUUCGGUCGUGCCAAGUACAAUAUGUUUGUCACCCGCGCCUACACCUAUAAUGAACUUAAGCUCAAAUGCUUUGAGAAAAUCUAG